AUGGAAGACGUUGCGACACUCGAAUUCUUUGCUCGGGACGUCAUAGACUUAGAUUACAUUGUUAUCUCGCAUGCCCAUUUCGAUCAUCUUCCAGGGGCCGACCGUCUUGCUUUGAAAACUAGUGCUACUGUCAUUGCAGAUUGCGAGGCUAUUAACUUUGCUGGAGGGGAACGUGUCCCUUUGUUCACAAAAGACAUCCUCACCAAAGCUUCAGAAAACAGUAUCGAAUUCGCUCCCAGCCCGCCUCUUGCACUACCUAAGCCUCACGUCAAGUUUGCAUCAUUGGCUGUUCAUGUUUGGCCUUCUCUGCAUUCUCUAAUGCUUAGAGUAUCUCCUCAUGACAUCCCAGAGGUUUUCGAUACCAAUAAAUCGGACCAGGGGGGUGGUGACGGCUACGCAUGCUCAUUAGACAUCACGCAGCUAAUUUGGUAUGGCCUCUUUCGCCUGGAAGCGUUUAUACCAGAAGAUCACAUGGAUGCCGGUACUAGUGCCUUUUCCGAUUAUAUACAGGAUCGCAAGAAGAACAUAAUGUCACCUUGUGACGGUGGUAAGUUCAUGUGUAACUUCAUUAUAGGUGUCAAGAUCCCGAAACCAGAUGUGGCAAUACUAGGCGCAGGUGGUCGAGCGAAUCUGAAUGGUAGACCGUUUGUGGGGUCCGCUGCAGAGUUUCUCAAGCUUCAGACUCAGUGGCUCCACGAGCCUCCGCAGAUCCUCUUCUGUCUACACGAUGAAAGCAUCAUCAAACCUUACAAGACCGACGUCAUAGCUGCCAAAGAAGUUAUAGAACAACAUACUCGAAGCAAAGUGCUUGGUACCGAGCUCGCGACCCCUUACGUCUUGUUUCAGAAAUAG